ACAAACAAUACUCACAGGUUACGCCGAAAACAAUAUUUACUGAUUUGCACUUGUGAUUGGUUUCUUGACUAUACAUUAUAGUGCCUCCUGGUGGCUUGGGUGUGCACAACGGAAGGAACAAUAUGACUACUUUCCUAUUUAGACGUGGCUUUGAUGCCAUCUUGUGGAAUCUUGUGGGUUUAUAAAAAUAAAAAAGUACAAAAUGCGAAUGCUGCCAGACUAACAGACAGUGGCGAGGCGUUGGGCUUUUCGAUGUUUCUUUCCAUGUCUGCCUCCUCGCAGACUCUCUGGCUGUCCUUUGCAUCCUCCGCAUCAGUCUCUGCCCGUGUGUGUGUGUGUGUGUGUUUGGACACUUGGGAGCUGCAGAAAUAUGCUGACAUUUUAGCAGCCUUUAAGUUUUGGUGACACUUCCUGUGAGCCAGAACGGUGCUUAGAAGCAUUUGUUCUAUUGUUUUUCACCAUGGCAUGUGUCUUAAAAAAAAAAGACAGAAGGCAGCGAUUUAUAAAAAAAAAAGAAAAAAAAAGAAAAAAGAUUCAGAACUGAAUCUUGGUUGUUCGUAUAUAUAUUUUUUUGCCACGUGGGUGCCCGAAACAUCAGCAGGACUGACUAUGUUGCCUGGAGGAAACCAUGUUCCAACAAAUGUGCAUAGAAGCCACACUUUGAAGGGAUUAGACUCAGUUUUCAUUCCUCGCUUCUUUUGUUUUAUCUGUUUCUUUCUUUCUUAUGUCAAGUUGCAUUUUAGUUUGCAGCCAAUCACGGUGAAGUGUUGAGAGGGCGAUAGCGGCGUAUGGAUGUUGUCCUCCUUGUGCUCACAAUUUUCACAGAAACAUGCGUACAUGACAUUGGGAGUAAAUAAUCACUGCCCUGGGGAGAGCAGGGCCUACGUGUGUGUGUGUGUGUGUGUGUGUUUAUUGUCUGCUUCUGAAUUACUUUCUUUGUGUCUUCAGUGUUAUGAAUACAAAUCAAUUUAUUAACACUAGCAGCCUUUUAGACUGGUCCAUUACUUGCUGCCACUAGUACGGCUCUCUGGUGAAUAAACACUUCCUGGAAAAGAAAUUAUACAUGACUGCCUGCGUAGUGUAAAAAAAAAAAAAAAGUAGUGUAAGGGGUUGCCAGGCAACAGAUUUUGUGUUUUUGUGCAAGCGUAACAACGCUUUGGCUUUAUCAGCUAUGAUGUUAAAGGUUAGAACUAUGGUAGUGAUUUGAAAUAAAUCUGCAUUACAAUCACCCUAACAAACGAUACUUUAAAUUUUUAAUAAAUAAGUGAACUGUAAUAAUAUUAAUUAUUUUUCGCUGAGGAUAAAGAAUAUAUGCCUGUGUUAUAUCAAAUGUGUGCCCUCAUUAAAACAUGUCUCGAGUUAGUCAAACAAAGCAACAAUUUGCUCAAAAUGACCUCAUGCAGAAACGCUUUGGUCAGAACGUGAACAGCGGCGCACCUCCACUGACUUCACCCUGAUGCAACGUCUGAAAGCCCGCUCGUCCUCAGGACAACAAGGGGCUGUUGCUUUACAACGCCAAACCUUAAUGAGACGCUCCCCCCUCCUAUCUAGAGAUUAGAAAAUGAGACACUUCCCAUAGUUUGUCCUCGGGCCUGUUUUGGAACAGCUUACAAAUUAACGCUUCAUUCAAGAGAAGACAAAUCUUGGAGUCGUGCCUCCAAAAGAAAAAACAGAACUCCGCACACCAUACUUUGUGCGACGCUAUUUUAGACCAGCCACUUUUAUGGCCCUCGCCCACUAAAAUCAAUUACUCCAAGGGCGCACUGGCUUUAGGAGUAAUAACCUGCGGGGCUCAGUGAGAGCUGAUUAUAGAAACCUGACUGACUGACGGGAGGCUGCAAAUGUGACUGGAAGGAAAGACUGUCAAACGGAACGUCCAUCAACUGGAUCCAGACAACACCGGUUUCAUCGCAGUGGAGAACUUCACCAGCCUGGUGGAGCACCAUGAGCUGCAGCUGGACCCAUCUAAACUGGACAUGCUGUUAGCGCUGGUCCAAAGCAAUGAGGACGGCCAAGUGUGUUACCAGGAGCUCAUCGAGCUGAUGAGCAGCAAACGCUCCAGCAGUUUCCGACGGGCCAUCGCCAACGGCCGCCGCACGCUGCAGAGGGAGAUCCUGUUGGAUGAGAUGGGCCUGGGUCUCUACAAACGCUUCGUCCGCUACGUGGCCUACGAGAUCCUUCCGUGCGAGACGGACCGACGCUGGUACUUCCAUCAGAACCGCCUGUGCCCACCGCCGGUCUUCAUCGCCAUCAUCACCAUCGUUCAGAUUAUCGUGUUCAUGUGCUACGGCAUCAUGCUCAACAAGUGGGUCCUGCAGACCUACCAGCCCGACUUCAUGAAGAGCCCCCUGGUGUACCACCCGGGCCACCGUGCUCAAGUGUGGCGCUUCUUCAGCUACAUGUUCAUGCACGUCGGCUUGGAGCAGCUGGGCUUCAACGCGUUGCUGCAGCUGAUGAUCGGGGUCCCCCUGGAGAUGGUCCACGGCGUCUUGCGGAUAAGUCUGCUUUAUAUGGCGGGAGUGCUGGCGGGUUCACUGACGGUGUCCAUCACUGACAUGCGUGCUCCGGUGGUGGGGGGCUCCGGCGGGGUCUACGCUCUCUGCUCGGCACAUCUGGCCAACGUUGUCAUGAACUGGGCCGGGAUGAGGUGUCCGUAUAAGCUGCUCCGCAUGAUCCUGGCGCUCGUCUGCAUGAGCUCGGAGGUGGGUCGGGCGGUGUGGCUGCGCUUCUCGCCGCCGCUGCCCUCGUCCGGGCCGCAGCCCAGCUUCAUGGCCCACCUAUCGGGCGCGGUGGUGGGCAUCAGCAUGGGCUUGCUCAUCUUGCGCAGCUACGAGGAGAGCUUGCAGAAGCAGUGCUCCUGGUGGGUCAUCGUCUUCUCCUUCAUCACCUUCCUGCUCUUCGCCAUCUUUUGGAACAUCUUCGCCUACGAGCUACUGGGCGUGCAGAUCCCGCCUGCCCCCUGACAAAGGCCCGGCCCGGCACGUCUGACUUCAGAACAGGUAUUGAUUUAAAAUCAUCCCCCUUCCUGCUGACAUUGGCGACUCGACGGACACCUUUGCAAAAUGAAGAAGUGUCUCUUUUAUCAAAGAGGGUAGCAGCAGAACAAGUUCCUCGCAUCUGUUUUGAGGAGCUUUUUUUGUCUUUUUGGACUCGCACUGAGUGGCCGUGCCGAUUCAUUUCGUGCCUCUGGUGAAACAAACAAAGGAGCGAUGCCACACAAAAAAAAGGGAAAAAAUCCUUAAUCAAAACAUGUUUUAUUUUUUAGCUUUUAUCAUCAAGAUGGCUGAUUUUCCAACCGGUGAGGGGUUAAUGAUCAUGUGCCGACCCCCCCAUUAGCUCCACCAACACAAAAACGCAGACACGCUCAACUCCAGUGGGCGUCGCUCAGUCAAUACCUCAGCCUCCACUUUUUUUUGUAGAGGAAUCGAAGUCGAGUGAGGUGGGAAAUUGUCGCUCUUUUUUUUUUUUUUCCUCAUUUAAUAGUGGAUGUGUAUAUUGUCUAUUUACAGAUUUCAAAGGGUGCAAAAAAAAAAAAAGGCUACGAUUGUUGUCCCUUACUUGACUUUAUAUAAACUUUACAAAACAAGCCAUAGAGAGAACUCAUUGGAGACACUUUUAAAAGAGAGGAGGACACAAGUGAGGACAGUCGAAAGUGCAAGCAUGUAAGUUUAAUUCAAAUAAAAAAAGAAGUCCUGAUGACGUUUUUUUGCAUCAUGCAUUUUUGACUGUCUCCACAAAGGGGUCGUCCGUAAAAUUCAUUUUCUGCUUUGUGAAUAUUCCAAGUCAAAGAAGACAAAACUGUGCAAGUACACGCCUGUGAAACUUUCUCCUGUAGCAGACUUUUUUAUUUAUUUAUUUUUUUCCCGCCGCUUGUACAAGUUGUUUAUAGUUGACGGUUUGUUUUGCGCAAAGUCCUCGCCUACAGUGUGUGUGUGUGUGGGGGGGGAGGGGGGAUUAUAAAUGAUAUGGAUUUCUGUUGCACGAUUCAAGCCGAGGAUUGCAUUUACUCCUUCAGCGGUCCAAUUUUCACUCGUCCGAUCAAUAACUCAUUUGAACGUCACUUGGCUUUAACAUUUUAUGCUUUUGCCAAUGGGUUCAUAAAUUCCAUUCCUCCGCAGGAUGAAACCGUCGGGUGGGUAUCGCCACUCGGCCAGACUAUUUGGAAAAUUAGGGGGGAAAAAAAAUGACGGUGGUGUAAUGGAUAAGUGAUGGAAGCCCCUUGUGGUCAGCGGUCAGUUUGAAAUGUUAUUGCUGGGCUAGGCGAAGAUACACAGGAGUGAUGAAUAAUGCAUACGUACCCUGCUAGCCUGUAAUGAAGAAAAAGAGGAUGUUUGAGCGGAGGUUAAUGUGCCUCUUUAACUUUAAGAUUCAUAGCAACUUGUAAAAAGGGCUCAUAAGUGCUUUGGAUUUUUAUCAAACGCGCUCGUCCGCACACAAACCAAAUGAGAUCAAGGCAAUUUAAAAAUGGAUACUGUGCAAAAAUAGGAGGAAAUAUCUGAAUGACAGGAGCCAAGUAAGCUCAUGUUUUGCUUUCCGGAGCAGAAUGCAGCAUUCCAUAAUCUCGUGUGCCAUAUUGUUUAUUGUGCUGUCACGCCCGAUGCCUUGUCAUUGCACACUGAAGGAGAAAUGCUUUCUCAUCGGAUGGAGCAGGUGCUCAUGAAAAAUCCAAAAAGUGUACAUGAGCUGUUUAAUUAUUAACGCCAUACGACGUGUUUUUUUUUUUUUUUUUUAAAUAGAGGAGGGAGACGAUGAAUGCGUAGCAGGGAAACUAAUGUAAACAAGAGUGCAGCUCCGAAUGGGAAGUCAAAUAUUCGAGGUUUGUGGUGGCUUUGCCCCCCCCCCCCCAAAAAAAAUAAAGUCUUGCCACUUUUUGUUUAAGUU